ACCCCCACAGGAGCAAGCCUAAAGCAACAGUGGCAUGGAGAAACUCCCUGUGGCAGAUGGAAGGAACCUUAGAAGGAACCAGGCUCUAGGGGUGGCAUCCAUCCUCUUCUGGCCGGCUCAGGGUGUAGUUUGGUGACCCACAUGGUCAGUCAGUCAGUGUUUUAUUGGUCGAUCAAAUUAGCGGCAGCUACGUGACAGACCUGAGGUAGCGGCUCAGAUGAUGCCGAAGGUAGAAUAUCAAAAAACACCACGAACAUGAGAGCUUUUCCCAACUGCCUAAAGAACAUCCUCCUCCAGUGAAGAUAUCCACUGUUCCAUCCUGGGCCCAUCUCAGUCAUGCAUGCAGACACAUCAGACACAUCAGUGAGUAAAGUGUAAAGGGGGACCAACGGCUUUAUUUCCUCCUGCCACAGGCGUUUGAUUGGCAGAUUGUUUAUCUCCAUGGCGAUACAGGACGUCACCAUGCGGCUGACAGUAAAUAAUCUGAAAAUCAGCUGAAGUGGGUGUUAUGAACCUGAGCCCCCAGGACUCUGGAAAGGUUUUCCCUCUCGGUCCUGGGGAUUAACUGCGUGAUAUUAUUUUCUGUUCCCGCCAGUCUCUGAAAAAUGCGUAACUCGCUCCUUAAAUCUAAAGGUGCUUCAUGUGCAUUUGAAAUACAACAGAUUUCUACAGCUAUGUGCUCAACACCGUUUAGUGGAGCUUGACUUGAAAGAUGCCUUUUAGCCAAACUGCAGCUCUGGUUCCAGAUUAGUGACUCAAUACUCGUCACCCCGUCACAUGCAGGCUUGUGUGUGUGUGAUGUUUAUGAGUAAAUCUCCACUCUGCUGCUCCUGCUCUUCAGCCUGGCCUCAGUCCAACACAACACCUCCUGCAGGUGUGGGCAGAACCAGGAUGUUACUCCCACUCUCUCUGUCACGCAGUUUCAGAGAAACAAAACUUAACUCUGUCUCUGUUAGUGUGUGCAGUAAAAUGGCUGAGGCCAGUAUCUCAGUGGAUCAGGACCAGUUCAGCUGUCCGAUCUGUCUGGAUCUGCUGAAGGAUCCGGUGGCUAUUCCCUGUGGACACAGUUUCUGUAUGGGCUGUAUUAAGGGCUGCUGGGAUCAGGAUGAUCUUACUGGUGUCUACAGCUGUCCCCAGUGCAGGCAGACUUUCACCCCAAGACCUGAUUUAAGAAAAAACAUCAUGUUUGCUGAAGUGGUGGAGAAACUGAAGAAGACAGAACUCCAAGCUGCUCCUCCUGCUCACUGUUACGCUGGACCUGGAGACGUGGCGUGUGAUGUCUGCACUGGGAGAAAGCGCAAAGCCAUCAAGACCUGUCUGGUGUGUCUGGCCUCUUACUGUGAUACUCACCUCAAACUUCACAAUGAACUCCACCCAGGAAACACACAUAAUGUCAUCAAUGCUACUAGAAACCUGCAGGAGAACAUUUGUCCUCAACAUAAAAAACUGCUGGAGGUUUACUGUCGUACUGAUCAGCAGUGUAUCUGUCUGCUGUGUGUGAUGGAUGAACACAGAGGCCAUGAUACAGUCUCAGCUGCAGCAGAAAGGACUGAGAAACAGAAGCAGCUGGGGGCGACACAGAGAGAAUUCCAACAGAGAAUCCAGGAGAGAGAGAAGAAGCUGCAGGAUUUGAGACAGGCUGUGCAGUCACUCAAGCGCUCGGCAAAGGCAGCAGUGGAGGACAGCGAGAGGAUCUUUACUGAGCUGAUCCGCUCCAUUGAGAGAAGGCGCUCUGAGGUGAAAGAGCUGAUCAGAGAUCAGGAGAAGGCUGAAGUGAGUCGGGCUGAAGGACUCCUGAAGCGACUGGAGCAGGAGAUUGCUGAGCUGAGGAGGAGAGACACUGAGCUGGAGCAGUUUUCAUACACAGAAGAUCACAUCCAGUUCCUCCAGAGCUGUCAGUCUCUCUGUGCCCCUCCUGGACCUGGAGACUUACCCAGCAUCGCUGUCAGUCCACAUGUCUCUUUUGAGGCUGUCAGGAAAUCUGUCUCGGAACUGAAAGAGCGACUGGAGGACGUCUGCAAGGAGGAAUUAGUCAAAAUCCCUCAAACAGUGGAAGAUGUCCGUAUCCUGGAGGCCUGGCCCACAGAAUGCAGAACCAGGCAGGACUUCCUGCACUAUUCCUGUCGGCUCACACUGGACCCCAACACUGCACACAGAGACCUCCGUCUGUCUGAGGGGAACAGAGAGGUGAGCCGUGUGGAAGAGAUCCAGUCAUAUCCUGAUCAUCCAGAGAGAUUUGACUUCAUGGGCCAAGUGCUGUGCAGAGAGGCUUUGUUUAGACGCUGUUACUGGGAGGCUGAGUGGAGUGGAAAGAGAUGGGUAGAUAUAGCAGUGUCAUAUAAAGAGAUCAGCAGGAAAGGAGGCAGUGAUGACUGCGCUUUGGGAUAUUAUAACCAGUCCUGGAGUUUGCGCUGCUCUCACUCCAGUUACUCUUUCUGGCACAAUAAUGAGAGCACUGAAAUCCCUGUCCCCUCUUCCUCCAGAAUAGGAGUGUACCUGGAUCACAGGGCAGGAACUCUGUCCUUCUACAGCGUCUCUGACACAAUGACCCUCCUGCACAGAGUCCAGACCACAUUCACUCAACCCCUCUAUCCUGGGUUUUGGGUUGGUACUGGAACCUCUGUAAAACUGUGUGAUCUGAAAUGAGGCAGAGAGUGAAGCGAAAAUCAGCUCUAAAUAAAGAGAGGGAAAAACACUCAAAUUCGACAGAAAAUUAAUAAAACAAUGAAAUGAACGAAUGAAAUGAAAACAGCUUGAUCAUAACACCGUGUAAAAGUUUGUCCAGACCUGGGAUUUUCCUUUCGAUGGCUGCUCCUCACUUCAUUCUCCCCUGACUAUAACUUCUUUCUCCCCGGCUCUGAGGCGUCCAUUCUGUCACUCACAGAGCUCAGCUUAGAUUCGCUGGCCUACAACUGCCAUCCAGCUCACACAGCGCUCUGUGCUCAAAAUUAAAAGGCCAGCUACAAAGGGUCCAACCCCAACCAAGCCCUGCAUAAAAUGUCAGAAUCGGGGCGUUCUGGUCAGGUUUUUUCAGACCUGGGUGAAAAUUACAAGCUCUACGGUGGAGCAGUGACUUGCAUUGUCGCCUCACAGCAAGAAGGUUUUGGGUUCAAAUCCCAAGGGCCCUUCAGUGUGGGUUUCCUCCCAUUGUUCAAGGACUCCAAAUUGCCAGCAGGAAUGAGCGAGUGAGUGAAUGCUGUGUGUGCCCUGCGAUGUAUUGGCAACCUGUCCAGGGUGUAUUCCCGUCUCUUGCCCACUGCAUGCUGGGAUAGGUUCCAGCACCCUCUGCAACCCUGACCAAGAAUUAGCCAUUUAAGAAAACAGAUAAAUGGGUGGAAUAAAAAAAGAUAAAACUUAAGUUUUGUUCACAUUUAUGCAGACCCUGUCACUCUAAUGCUUGCAUUUCAAUAUUACAGUCAGCUCCAUAAUGUUUUGGGCAAAGACAUAUUUUUUUCUUGAGUUGGCUCUGUACUUUACAAUUUUAGAUUUGUAAUCAGCGUAUUCACGUGUGGUUAAACUGCAGAUUCUCAGCCUUUAUUUAAGGGUAUUUUAUGCAUUUUGGUUUCACCAUGCCACACAUUACCAUGUGUGGGAUAUGUCAGAGCAUCAUGGUAAUGGCGUUUAUAUGGAGGUGCUGCUGUAAAAUCAUUAAGACACUUUUGGUUUUAUGGCUGUUGUUGUUUUGCAUUAUACUGGGGUGUGUUGGGUUCUACAUGCUGUGAUUGUUUACAAGAAGAAUGAAAUAAACAAAUGAUUGUGGUAACACUCCA